UCCGGGCCCAACCCAACCCACAAUUCUGGGUCCGGAUUCCAGGUACAAGCUACAAACCCUAACCCAUCCAAAGCCAUGGAGGCUAGAGCGGAAGGGGAGAAGACGAUGACGACGAGGGAGCCGCACGAGGCGUCCCGCCGCGAGCGCGAGGGGCGCGACUCGCACGGGAGGCGCCCCCACUCCUCGUCCAGGUCGCGGAGGGACGACCCCAGCCCGAGGAGAAGAAGAGAUGACAGGAGGCAUGAAUCGGAUAGGGCGCACUAUAGAAGUCGAGAUGAAGAAUCUGCGAAGGUGUCGGACCGUGAUCAGAAGCGGAACAGAGAUGCUGAGCAGCGCGAUGAUCCUCCGAAUGCUGAGUCGAAGUCAGUGAGUGAUGCCAAGAAUGACCCGUCCACCAGGCGUGAGAGAUCUCCUAGGGGAACCAAACGGUUUUCAGAGUCGAGAGAGGCUUGGCGGCCUCGGCCUUUCUUUCAGCACAAUGAGCGUGGAAGUGCUGGGCAAGGUGGUCGGCGCUAUGACCGUCAGGCUAGUGGCUACGGAAGACAGAGGGAUCAAAAGGAACAUGAUAGAGAUAAACAAAAGGAUGCGGGGCACAGUUUGCAGGGAAAGGUUGAGCAGGAUGAUGGUGAUUCUACAUGGAGGCAUGAUGGAUUUUUCCAGUUGGAGGAAGAAGCACCCCUGGCCAAGAAGAGGCCACCUUUUCAGGAGAUGAAGAUGCAAGACUCUGCUGCCACUGUUACAGAUCUGGACUCUGGAUCAAGGAAACCUGAUCAGCCUGGGCCCACUUCUGCAAUAAGAGAAGAAAGGAGAAAUUAUCACCCAAGGGGAUUUGGAAAUCAUAGACCAUUUAUAAGGCCAGAUGAUCGAGGUUUCAGACGUGGGUUUCCUGACCACAGGAGUGAAGGCCAGAGAAAUGGGUAUGAUUCAAGGGGAAGAUUUCCUGGUAGGGGAGGAAUGGACAGAGACAGGUUUAUCAACCCAUAUGGUGGGAGAGGCAACAUAUAUCAUCAGACUUCUGGUGAUCAAGAAGAAAAAUGGAAGCAUGACCUCUAUGAUCAGUCAAACAGGAGCCCACCUCCAAAGACCGAGGAAGAGCAGAUUGCUAAAGUUGAAGCGUUGUUGGCGCUGUAGUUAUCUUCUCUAUCUGUCUGGAGUUAUUUGUGAUGUUAGAUCAUCAUGUAUUUGGUUUCAUCUUUGUUGAACGCUGUCCUUUUAUUCUAUAUAUUUUGCGUAUCUAUGGGGAUUAGGACAUCGUUGAGCUAUUCCAUUUAGAGUGAAGGUAUUGUUCUAGACAAUCAUGAUUCACGAGUUUCGUACUGUGGGAACCAUGGAGCAAAGUACAAGAGUAAAGAAUAUGCUUCACGAAUGCUUUUGGAGC